AUGGGGGAAGCGCCGCAGCCCAAGUCGCCGCCGAGGUACCCGGACCUGUGCGGCCGCCGCCGCCUGCAGCUCGAGGUGCAGAUCCUCAACCGGGAGGUCGGCUUCCUCGAGGUUGCGCAUAGGGACCGGAGGAAAUCUCAUGGAAAAGUUUGUCGAUGCGACGACCUCCUUCUCGGGUCUCGGGGCACUGAGAGUGAGAGUUCGUCGCGAGGCUCGAGGCGACAAAAGCGUGUCCCUCCCCUGCUCCUCCGACGUGCCGCGCCGUACGGUACCCCUGGGACUUUUGAUCACCCACGGGCUGAUGGGCAUGGUCACCUCACCUUGGGUUUUGUCCCAAGAUUUUUCUUUUCCGUUUAUCGAUGGAAGGAAGUCUUGUCCUCGCCAAGAAAUUGCUAUAAUACUAAGGAAAGGGGUGGCCAUGAGCCAACGAUGCUCAUGGCUUAA